ACCCUAUAGCAUCGUCAGCUUUGUGCAAAAUAUAUCAUACAACUUUUAUUCAGGAGGGUUUUGCGAAGGCACAAGGAGGCUGUUUAGUAGGACAAAAUUAUGAAUGUUAUCUUUCUUUAAAACAAUUGAUGUUAAGUAACGGCAUUUAAGUGUCUACACUUUUUAAAUCGGUAAAACCGCUUAACAUAAUUUUUAUUUGAAAUUUUCCAUGUCUACAUUUUAACUUCACUGAUUUAGUGGUUCAAAAUUUUUUUUUAAAACUUUCACGAGAUAAUCAAAGAAGAUUAUUACAAUGAGUGCCCUGGAUAUUGUCUCGCUUAUUUUCCCACUGGCAAUUUGUGGUUCAGCGGUAGUCUUGAAUUUUCUUUCGAUGUCUGCCAUCUUGGGUUUCGCUGCGUUACGAAAACAGCAAAAUAUUUUCGCUUUUCAUCUUUCUCUGUGCGAUUUCAUCGGAGCGAUGGGUAUCGUGAUGACUUAUGUGCCAAGACUUAUCAAAGGGCUGACGCCCACACCUUGGACUGAACUCCUCUUCGCAACUGCCUUGAUAGUCUCCAUUCUGACAACACUUGCAAUCGCUGUCGAACGAUUCGUCGUCUUUCGCGUGGACCCCUUCGGAAAUCGUGACAUUAUCACCCCAUGCCGAUCGAUUAUGGUCUGUCUCUGUAGUUGGCUCCUUGUCUUCGUCCUCUAUUACCUAUUCGUCAAAUUCGAAGAAUACAUCAAGACUAUCCUUGCCAGGCUCACUCUGACAAUCGUCCUCUGGUCAACCAUGCUUGUAACUGCAACGUGUUAUGGCUUCAUUUAUCAGAGGAUAUCGUCGACGUCGAGAAAUGUGGGACAAUCGGACAGGUUCCUCCAGCAACGGAUCAAAGUUCAUCAGAAGAUCGUCCUCACGUUCGGCCUCGUGGUUGGCUCGACAUGCUUGUGUUGGGUCCCGAUGAGUGUCGUGGAGAUCUUGGAAGGGCUGCAGCUGUAUGGAGACAGAGGCUGGUUCGUUCACAUGGACAGGGUCUCCUUUAAUAUCUUAUGCCUGAGCCCGGUGCUCAAUCCCAUAAUCAUUUGGUCCCGACUGACAGAGUUUAGGAAUCAGCUGCCGGUUUGCUUUGGGGGAGGUCUGGGAGGUACCGAGCAGGAGACGAAGACGCCAGUGACCCCCACCAUAAGUUUGUCUUUAAGGAUUAAGGAUAAGGGCAUCGCAACAUCCCCCUGA